CAGAUGGGAUAUUUCUUUUACUCCUUAUAAUAGCCUCCAAAGGUGGAUGCUGUGAGGAUCCCUUUUCGAGAGAUGUGGGAACUGAGCCUCAGAAAGGUUUCAGGGAGAAAUGGGCCAGGCCUCUGUCAGUUCCUGGGCACGGCACUCAUUUUACAGAGAAGGAAACUGAGGCCGAGAGAGAAUCAAAGUCACAAUCACAGGGGGCCAGGUCCCUGGCAUGGAGACCUUCUCUAUGCAAGGGAAGGCCAGAACGACUGGCCAUGAAGUCCUCAUGGAUCUGAGACUUGGCUGGUGUGAGAACACAGAUUCAGAAACACAUUCCCAGCAGGCCAGAAUUGCACAGAAAAUGACCCAAGAAAAACAGCCUGGGCUGGUGGAUAGAGCCCUGCACAGGACCAGGUAUGAACCUCAGCUCUGUCAUCUGUAACUCACUGUGUCAUCCUGCACAAGUCCCUUCCUGCUCCAGCCUCAGUUUCCCCGCCUGUGAACUACGGAAGCAAAACUCCCGUCACCCAAGGCUGUUGAGCUCACCUGAGACCGGGUGAGGCCAGAGUGCCUGCGUCUGUUUCCCUGGGAGAUGGGGUCUGUGUCCUGCUCCUGGCCAGCACACUCUGAGAACAUUUGCUCUCCUGACCAACGGACAGCCCGUCCCUCCUCUGCCCUCACCCCCUUGCCAUCCCCAAAGCAAACGAAGCUGAUUGUCUUAGCAGGCCCUGUGGGUGCUGGCCGGCUGGCCGGCCGCAGGCCACAGACGGAGGUGCCACCCGCCAGAACCCCACCAGACACACAGGGCAUUGUCCCUUAGUCAACAGCCCCUGGGCACCUCGGCCGGUUCCUGGCCUGCCCCCACGCCCCUCACCGCCUGCCACUGCGCCAGGCCCAACCAGCUGGGGGCCCAAGCCGAUGACGAGCCCACCCACCCCCAGCAGCCCCCUGAUGAGCUAUAAUUGCUUCGCUCCAUCCUGUUGCUGCCAUUCUCUUGGAGGAGGCAUCUGGGGUUCCAGGCGGGCGGCAGCUGCAGGCCGACCGCCUGGCUCGUCGGGAUGGACUGGCUGUACAACCUGCUAUUUCUUCUUACCAUCUCCAUCUUCCUGGGGCUGGGCCAGCCCAGGAACCCCAAAAGCAAGAGGAAGGGGCAAGGGAGGCCUGGAACCGUGGCCCCUGGGCCUCAUCAGGUGCCACUGGACCUGGUAUCGAGGGCAAAACCAUAUGCCCGCAUGGAGGAAUACGAGAGAAACCUCGGGGAGAUGGUGGCCCAACUGAGGAACAGCUCUGAGCCAGUGAGGAGGAAGUGUGAGGUCAACCUGCAGCUGUGGCUGUCCAACAAGAGAAGCCUGUCUCCAUGGGGCUACAGCAUCAACCACGACCCCGCCCGCAUCCCGGCGGACCUGCCUGAGGCGCGGUGCCUGUGUCUGGGCUGCGUGAACCCCUUCACCAUGCAGGAGGACCGCAGCAUGGUGAGCGUGCCCGUGUUCAGCCAGGUGCCGGUGCGCCGCCGCCUCUGCCCGCUGCCCCCGCGCACCGGGCCCUGCCGCCAGCGCGCAGUCAUGGAGACCAUCGCCGUGGGCUGCACCUGCAUCUUCUGAAUGGCCCCGGCCCUGGCCCAGGACCUGUGGGCAGCUGGAGAGCGCCCUCCCUGCACCCCACACAAGGCCAAUGAAAAGUAAACGCUGUCUUUCUAAAGCAAGACCUUGGGUUUGCUCCUUGUGGCUCUGAAGCCAAAACCAGGAUGGGGGUAGGAGGUUCCUGGGAGGUAGAGUUCAGAUCAAUAUAAAGUAGGACUUCCCAUCGCUCAGC